CAGACUCGGGGCAACCAGCGCGACAUCGAUCGGGCCCGGGCUCAGAAGCGCAAGGAGCAGCUUGCCAAGGGGAACCGGGACGACAAUUUGACACCCCUACAGCGCAAAGAGAGGGACGCCAAGGCCCUCGCAGAGAAGCUCGCGAAGAAGGCGGCAGCAGAUGCCAAAAAAUAG